AUGAUUAAGCAGAUUCUCGGGCGGCUUCCGAGGAAGUCUUCAAGAUCCGGAGAGCAUGGCAAGGAUUCGGGCGGUAGAGCGAACGCCUCCGCCGGCGCAAGAACCCGAGAUUCCAAGCUUGUGGACAAUCUCCAGCCGAUCUCUAAUCCAGUGGCCGACGACCAGGCGGAUGGAAACCCUGGAUUUCCUUCCACAGAUGUGCUGACAAGAUUCGGAGAUGUUUCAGCCCCCGAGAAACACAGCCUGUUUGUCAGAAAGCUCAAUCUCUGCUGCGUGGUCUUCGACUUCACCGAUCCGACGAAGGAUCUCCAGGAGAAGGAAACCAAGCGAGGUGUUCUUCGUGAGCUUGUCGACUACGUCGCUUCCGCCGGCGGGAAGUUCCCCGAGGUGGUCGUGCAGGAGGUCAUGAAGAUGGUCUCCUGCAACCUUUUUAGGGCAACCGCCUCUCCGCCCCGUGAAAUCAAGGUCCCGGAGACCUUCGACCUCGAAGAUGAGGAGCCCGCGAUGGACCCGGGAUGGCCCCAUCUGCAGCUGGUAUACGAAUUCUUCCUGCUGUUUGUCGCAUCACCUGAAACUGACACAAAAAUGGCGAAGAGAUUCAUAGAUCAGUCCUUCGUCCUCAGACUGCUCGAUCUCUUCGACUCUGAGGAUCCCAGAGAGAGGGAUUGCCUGAAGAUGGUGCUCCACCGCAUCUACGGCAAGUUCAUGGCCCAUCGCCCGUUCAUCAGGAAGGCCAUCAACAACAUCUUCUACCAGUUCAUCUUUGAAACCGAGAGGCACAACGGGAUUGCAGAGAUCCUGGAGAUUCUCGGAAGCAUCAUCAACGGUUUCGCCCUGCCGCUCAAAGACGAGCACAAGCUGUUCCUCGUCAGGGCUCUUAUCCCUCUCCACAAGCCCAAGUCCAUGGGGGCCUACCACCAGCAGCUGUCCUAUUGCAUCACCCAGUUCAUGGAGAAGGACAGCAACCUUGCUGUGGCCAUCAUCAGGGGCUUGCUGAAGUAUUGGCCCGUGACGAACAGCUCCAAGGAGGUGAUGUUCUUGGGGGAGAUGGAGGAAAUCCUGGAGAUGACCCAGCCGGCAGAGUUUGAGAGCUGCAUGGUGCCACUGUUCUGCCAGAUUGCUCGCUGCUUGAACAGUCUCCAUUCCCAGGUACUGGAAACUUCACGAAUUCUCUCUGGUUAUUCAAGUUAUUCUCCUUCACAGUCCCAAUCAUCAUGCAUAUACAUCUCUGUGUGUGUGUGUGUAUUUUCUAUUUUUCUACAUCUAUUUUCCUAUUUUUUAUUCAGCGAUAAGUCAACGCAGUGUCAGGAUUCUGGGAGAAUUGGGUAAAUAGCAGAGACAUCUGUACAUUCAUCAUCUAUUCACUCCUGAUCGGAGAAGAAUCUAUGAGCCUGUCCCAGAAGGGUUUUGCUCGUAAUAUUUUCUUAUAAUCUCUCACAAAAUUUAGUUCCCAAGGUAUUAGCCCCGUUUUGGUUCAAUGGGGUUCAUUUCCUUCAUGCUGAAUGAUGCGGAAAAAUGUGAAUUUGCAUCAUCUUCUUCGUCAAAAUGUUUCUCUUCAGAAUUUAGUUCUGUCGUCAAUGUGGGUUCCUGUUGGAAUAGGAGAAGUAUGCUCGUUCUUGGUCCUUGUGGCUUCUUGAGCUGUGGCCUGUUCCACUGGGCCAUAACCAGGGCGCUUUGUGUACUAGUUAUUGAUUUGAUAUCUCCAAGGUUGGGAUCAAUUUAUUCCUGAAAUGUGAGCUAUCAUAGAAUGCCUAAUUAUUCAAAAUAAAAAAUAAAUAAAACGGUGUGCCUUUAAGCCUAGGUCAGCAAGAGGAUCAAGAGGGGAAUGUGCUUAGUGAGGAUCAAGAGGAUCAACAGUCUAUAAAUCCAUCUCAUGCUUGAUCGGAAGGCCCACUGUAUUAAGUCCCGGUGAUUCAGUCUAAAGUAGAACAAAAUGAUAUUUUUUUAGAAUCUAGAUAAAAGAAAUGCGAUCAUGGACCUACAUUUAGUUAGAUAUUAAAUUAGAAAAACACUGGACUGUCGAAUGAAAACAUGAUUUUUCAUGCCAUGUAAAAAUUAUUUUCUUUACCAUCUAAAAAUUAUUUACAAUCCGCUAAGACUGAACAUGCCAUCGAAUCUCUGCAUAUUAGGAAGGUUCAUUCAUCUUUUCUUCUCGAGUGCUUCCUCCUGAGACUACCCGUUCCUGGAUGAACAGGUGGCCGAGAGGGCCCUACUGCUGUGGAACAACGACCACAUCAGCGGCCUGAUAAAGCAAAACCACGAGGUGGUGUUGCCCAUCGUCUUCCCCGCGCUGGAGAGGAACAAGACCCACUGGAACCUGGUAGUGCGGAAUCUCUCUCUAACUACCCGCAGGUUCUUCUCAAACCAGGAUUCCAGCCUAUUUGACGAGUGCUUGGAGAAGUUUCAGCGGGAUCAGGCUGACGACGAGGGGAUGAAGUCAAAGCGUGAUGCCGCAUGGAGACAUCUGGAAGAGAUGGCGGCCUCGAGGGACUCAAACAGGAGUCUCGUGGCUGUCUCCUGA